ACAGACUGAAUAAGAAAAGGAAAACCAGAGAAUCUUUCAGAUAAAUGAUAGGUAGAAUUUGGCAGGGAGAUUAUAGCAGUCCAAACUUGAAAAAGUUUUCACGAGAGCAUAUGCUCGCAACCAAUCGAUUUUUAAAUGAAAACAUCUGGUUGUGACCCGACUCGUAAACAUCAGAAUGGUCGUGUAAAAGGGUUCGAAAAGGUCUAAAGAAACCCUCCGGAACAUCUUCAUCACGUGGCGGAGUGGCCUCAGCAGCAUCGAAGGCAACAUGGGAGGGAGAGGCAGCGAGGAGAGAGCUAGAAACUAGGGCGCCGUUAUCUGGCCCCAUUUCAACGGCCACAAGGCACAAGGCAUAGAAAGAGAAGGAGCGAGGUGUGGUCAGGAGAGCCGGGAGAGAGGAGAGAACAUCUCGAGUGGCCGUGAAGUUGCACACAACGAGGAGGAACGUCUGGAGCCCGGAGACCACGACCUUAAAGGCCAACAAGACAACCUUUGACUGCCCGGUACUUCCACGCACCCUUCAGCUACACACACACACACACACACACACGCACACUAGCGUUGGACACGCUCGGGUCUCUCUCACACACGCACGCGACAUGUUUGAGGAGCAGGUGACCAGGGUGAAGAUCACGUCGGCGGUGAUCCUGGUGGGCAUGGCGUCGAUGCUGGCAGCGGUGGUGACGGACCAUUGGGCGGUGCUCAGCCCCCGGGUGGAGAAGCUGAACGCGACCUGCGAGGCCGCCCACUUUGGCCUUUGGAGGCUCUGCAAGAAGAGCAUCUUCAUCGUCGAGGAAGACCCCGAGGGCAAAGGCUGCGGCCCCAUCAGCCUACCUGGAGCUGAAAACUGUUCCUACUUCAAACACUUUACCUCGGGGGAAGAAGCGGAAGUUUUUGAAGUCAAGACCCAGAAAGAGUACAAUAUCUCAGCAGCAGCCAUCGCCAUCUUCAGCCUGUUCUUCAUGUUCCUGGGCACCCUCUGUGUCGUCCUGUCUUUUGGGAAGGGGCGGGACUACCUGCUGCGGCCUGCUGGGAUGUUUUUCGCCUUCGCAGGCCUCUGCAUCAUCAUUUCCGUCGAAGUUAUACGCCAGUCGGUCAAGCGGAUGAUUGACAGCGAUGAGACCAUCUGGAUUGAAUACUACUACUCCUGGUCCUUUACCUGCGCCUGUGCCUCCUUCACGCUGCUAAUCCUCAGUGGAGGCGCCCUGCUCCUCAUCUCCAUGCCCCACAUGCCACGUAACCCCUGGGAGACCUGCAUGGACGCGGAGCCCGACACCUUAGAGUAGCCACAGGAGAUCAACUGGGUAGACAAAAAUACAAGUAGUUUUGCCUCAUUUAGCGCUUUCAUUGAAUAGCCCAUCCCACAUAUGUACCCGUACUGCAAGCAUUUUUCCAACCUUCCGUGUCCUUUUAGUUUAAAUUGGGUUAGUAAAAUAUUAUAGUCAACUUUGUGAUACUGACCACAGCGACAACAGUGAAGUUCAAGCCUUCUUCACAGGAGAUGACAGUUACAAGCGGGAGUUUAUUGGUGUGUUCGAAAGCCGAGAAAUGAUUCGUCAUUAAACUUAAGAGUCGUCCGUCGAGCAGAACCUUUUUUUACAAGUAUUUACUAAAUCCGCAGUAUCCUUUUUAUAAAGUCCAUGUGUCAUUAUUUGCUUUGACGGUUUGGUUUUAUGACAAUACCUCUUUCAACUGCAUCGCUGUGCCUUAAGUUUAGGAUGUCUGAGCGUUUCACGAGCAUCUGAAAACACCACAGACAAAGCGGGCCGUGCAUGGAACUGUCAUCGUGGAAGCCAGGUAGAAGCCAAACGUUUAAAAAGCUUGUCUUUUAAUUUCAUGUCAUUCUCUGGGGAUGUAAGGAGAAUAUCAACAAAUGUAAUUAAAUAUAUUCUAAAAAUAAACUACUUACCAUCGC